AGCUUGGGUUUGAACUAUAAAAAAUGGAAUAGGAGCUGAUUUCAUGGAUGGUUUCAUUUUCAUUUCAACAUUUCUUCAGCAAGCUGCAUCCAUUACAUCAUCAUUUGAGAUAAUGGUUGAUCUUAAUUUAGAGUUGACCAUUUUUCAGCCAAAACUGUGUGCUAUAUGAUCAAAUAUAGAUAAUAGUUGCUGUCAUUCUCUGCUCGUCCUCAGUUGGAAGCCAUGGUGGUGAGGAGUGGGUUGAUUCUGUCUGUCUACAUCAUCACCUUCCUGAUGGGCCUGCCUGGCAACAUCCUGGCACUCUACGCCUUCAGCGUCAAGAUCCGCAAAAAGCCCACUCCUACAGACAUCCUCCUGCUCAACCUGACUGUGUCCGACCUUAUCUUCCUGCUCUUCCUGCCCCUCAAGAUGCACGAGGCAGCCUCCGGCAUGGUAUGGACUCUCCCCAGGUAUCUCUGCAACAUUACCUCUUUCGUCUUCUUCUCCACCAURUACACCAGCUCCCUCCUGCUGAUGGUGGUCAGUGUUGACCGCUACCUGUGUGUGGCCUUCCCUGUCCAGUACAGGCUCCGCCGCAAGCCCUUGUAUGGAGUGGUGAGCAGCCUGGUGGUGUGGGUCUUCAGCCUGGUCCACCUCUGCUUCAUCUACAUCGUGGAGAACCAGACCUCAUCUGAGUUCUAUGCCUGCUAUGACAACUUCACCCAGGAGCAGCUGAAGGUGGUGCUUCCCAUGCGCUUGGAGCUGUGUGUGGUUCUAUACAUCGUGCCACUGCUGGUCUGUGUGUUCUGCUACCUGAACUUCAUCCUCAUCCUCAAUAGGACCCCUAACCUUUGUGCAGAGAAAAGGAAGAGAGCCGUCGGAAUGGCUAUGGGGACCUUACUUGUUUUUGUUGUCUGCUUCCUGCCCUAUAACGUCACCCAUGUACAGGGGUUCAUCAUCCAAGACAACGUGGAGUGGCGGCUCUACGCUCUGCUCCUGACCACGGUCAACACCGUCCUGGAUCCUGUGACGUUCUACUUCUCCUCCUCCAUGUUCCAGGCCACCAUGAAGAGGAUCCUGACUGGGAAGCGAAGGAACAGCUCCCCUGGUGUCUCCAUGACAGCUCAAAACAACACUAGAGACAUAGAGGGACACAGUAACCCACCCACAACUGAGGGGGGUUUGUCUGACAAGUGACAGAGCUUUUAAUGACAAUUGAAGACUUCCUAAUAUGGAUGCCAUAUUACUGGGCAGACAGUCACCAGUUCACAGACAAUGAUGUAGACUAGAGAGAGACCUGCCAACAGCAUACCUGCCAAUAGAAUACCAACCUACAUCCCACUGCUCACUUAACUAUGAAGCUAAGCAGGGUUGGUCCUAGUUGGUCCCUGGAUGGAGACCAGAUGCUGCUGGAAUGGGAUGUCAAACGGGUUUCUUGGCUCUCAGUGGUCACAAAGAGCCCAUGGCACUUAUAAUUAGAGUAGGGGUGCCAACCCCGGUGUCCUGGCUAAAUUCCCAAUCUGGACCGCAUACCAUCAUGGCCACCUAAUUA